UUGGCCCCGGAAGUGCGUCGUUCUCUCUCGGCCCGGCGGGAAAUUCAAGGUGGCAGAAGCAGCCGCCGCCGCCGCCUCCUGCUCCGGGGCCGCGCCAGGCAAAGGGGUCGUCUCGGGAGCGGCUCUCCAGCCAGCCUGAAGUCGGUGGGCAGCUGCUGCCGCCGCCGCCAGUGGCCGGAGGGCUGGGCGGGGCGCCCCCCCUUGCUUGCAGCCCGCCCGCGGCCUCCUCCCGCCCGCCCCGCCCUCUCGUGCUUCGCCCUGCAGCCCACCAUGGCCCGGCAGCGGCGGCGGGAAAUGCCUGCAGGCCGCGCGCUGCAAAGGCCCGCGUGCUCAGAAUCCUCAAGCAGCGAUGACGAAUUUGAAAAAUUUUUAUUUAGAAUGAAGACUCCCAAAUCGGCCUCAUGUUGUACUCCGAGGAUGCGGAACAGUUUGAAUGACUCCAAGGAAAACAUAUUCCGGGAUCUCACAAGCAAGUAUGGAUCAGGCAGAAAAGGCAAGAGGCCUCUUCGUGUACAGAAGGUAACGUCGGGGACAUCUGGAAAAGCAGCCGCUCCCUCUGUGCCAUGCCUGUCUCCAUUAGUGCUGAGUGACCCAGACUCAGAGGCUGGUGAUGAUUCGGUCUUUGUCAAAUGUACACCCAGGAACGUGCGAGGCCAGACGUGGAGCGGGAGGGCCGGGCUGCCUGCCUCUUCACAGAAGGAGCCGGCUGCUUCCAGGGGCAGCCCCGGUUCUUCCCUGAGUGAGGGGGAGUGGUAUGGCCCCAAAGAGCAGCCACAGUGCCUGCGGCCGAGGCCAAGCUCCGUGCUGGGAUCCGGUAGCUCCGAGGAGGAGAUAGACUGUCUCGCCGUCCGUAUGAAGCAAAGACUGGGCGUGUCUGCAGCCAAGGGUGCUACAGGUGAAAUGCGCACCGCUGAGGAGAGAAGUGUCCAGCCUUCCCAGAAGAGCACCCGCAGAGCUGUGAAGAGUGAGAGUGUCCUUGCACAGCCGCCCAAAUCUCCUGCUCUUGGACCGGCCCACCCUGUUUCUGCACAGGUUCUCAAGAGCAAGAAGGUGCUUGGUGAUGUCUCCCGAAUGCCAGAGAGGAGUUCAUGCCAAGUCCAAGGAUGCUUCCUGCAAGAGCUUUCAGACGCAGAAUCCCAGCAAGCAAAGCAUUUCAAGAGUAAAAAGGAGGAGCUGGCACAGAGCCUGUAUGCUUUUUAUAACCACUCUGUGUUUGAGCAGAAGCUGCCAGAGAGAAUGGAAAUAGUCUGGAACAAGAAGAUGCGGAAGACGGCAGGCUGCUGUGUCACUGGCCAGCUGAAGGACCCGGAGGGGCAGCGCUAUGCCCGGAUCAUGCUGUCGGAGAAAGUCUGCGACUCGGCAGAUCGGCUUCGGGACACUCUGAUCCAUGAGCUGUGCCACGCAGCUGUGUGGCUUCUCCAUGGGGUUCGAGAGGGACACGGCCGAUUCUGGAGCCUGUAUGCGAAGAAGUCUGCCUUGAUCCACCCAGAACUCCCUGUGGUGUCGCGCUGCCACAACUAUGAGAUCAAGUACAAGUUCUCCUACGAGUGCUCUCGAUGCAAAAAUGUGUGUCGUGGUGGCAGAGCGCACCCUGCCACGGAGGGCUGCUCUUGCCCAGGAGCGGUGUUUGCCUGUCAAGAGCGUCGACUCCGACUCUGCUCGCCCAGCCCAAUGAAUGCCUCUGGGGUCGUUGAGCUAUCCAAAGAAGAGCUCAGGCAAGGAGCAGAAGAUGCAAAACAGAAAUACCAAGCCUUUCCAAAAGGCACUGGCAAGCAUUAAAACACUGCCAAGGUGCUUCUCUUACGGUUGCACGGAAAGGCAUUGCAAAGCUUACAGACCUGCUUCAAAGCAAGGUGUAGUCAGUUUCAAAAGGGCCCUAAAGUAGGUUUCCAAAGUAAAAAGCACUCCAGAAGUCUCCAGUAUAAAGCCCAGGUGGGAACAUGUCAUUUUCAGGUUCUCUGUGUUAGCCCUCCAGCUUUCUCUCUGCUUUCCACCCCCAGCACAGUAUCACUAUGGUGGCUGGUGCUAGAGUUUACCUUACGUUUCUUUUUAGAUUGUGAGCCCUUUGGGGACAGGGAGCCAUGUUGUUUAUCUAUCUAUUUAUUUAAUAUCUAUGUAAACUGCUUUGGUAACUUUUGUUGAAAAGAGGUAUAUAAAUAUUUGUCGUAUUUGUA